CAAAUUAUUAUUAACUGGAUCAACGUGAACUCAACAAAUUCAGUCAGACACUACGUGACUUAUGUAUGUGAAAGCUUUGAUUAAUUUUAAUGUUGUAUUAAUUAUCAGCAGACAUAGCAUGGUGCAUUUAAUACAGUGGUAGGCAUAAUGAAUGCCCAAUAAAUUACAAAAGGUUGUAUUAAGACAAUUAUUACAAAAAGUGUGUUAAUAAAGUGUAUUAUAUCAUAUUUUUAUACCAUAUUGCUAAUUAAUAUGCAGUACCACUGAUACAUUUAAACAGUUAAGUACAAUAAUACUGAUAAUUUACAGUUGAAAGAAGGUCACCUGGCGUCCUUAUCAACAUGGCUGCGGUUACGUUCCAGUUUGCGUCGAUCACGCGGUAAACAUACGACACUCUCAUUGGUUUAACCUUCGCUGGUAGAAAGACGUAAAAGAAGUGGAUUUCUGCAAGUUGUCGGGAUAAACCAAACGGACUGUAUUUUGCAAGCACAAUGAGAGUUGUAAUAGGUAACUGUUAUAUCACUUAUAUUCAUUUUCGCGUUGUCACGGCAUGAUAUCGUAACAAAAUAGCUCAUUUUGAGUGUAACACUGAGAGCCUCUUGCAGUAUAAACAUAGCUCUGUUAUAUUAAAAUAUGCAUUAAAUGUAUUAAAAUAUCCUGUCACCUUCUUUGAACGCAUGUGAUCUUGUUCUUAUGGCAUGACUGCCUUCAUUUAUCAGUUACUGUAUAAAUGAGAAUGUGAUUUUUCUUGAGGUGAUCUGUUUCGUAAGUGCUUUAACAGCGCAUGCGCGACUACACGUGCGCGGGAUUGGCUGCAGACGCCAUGUAUUAUGAUGUAAAAAUGUCAUAUACCAUAACAAGAACAUUCAUUUUUAAAGCACUUUUAAACACAUUUUGAAUCGAUCCACAUUGCUGUACAGUAUGGAAAAAGAAAUCUACACUCCAUAUACUACUUGCUAUACUGUAAAUAUAAUAUCAUCAUGUUGCUUCCCGCCCCCAACCAGGCCUUUUAUGUUUUACCGCAUUGGUUCUGUUUGAUUGUAAAAUUAAUAAUGCUUUAUUUUUCUCACUUUCCAACUCCCAUUAGGCGGAGGAUCAGGGUUUGUGGGUCGUGAACUGACAGGUUUGCUGAAAAGCAAAGGUCAUGAAAUCACAAUUAUAUCCAGGCAGCCUGGCCCAGGAAAAAUAUCAUGGGUAUGGGGCUGAUGUAGAGUCAGGAGGCCUCCCACCAUGUGACAGCGCUGUGAAUCUAGCAGGGGAGAAUAUUAUGAAUCCUUUAAGAUGGUGGAAUAAAAGUUACAAAAAGGAUCUGUUCUCCAGCCGAGUAAACACAACCAAAAUUCUUGCCCAAGCCAUUGCUGCUUCACCCACUCCACCACAUUCAUGGGUGCUUGUUACAGGAGUAGCAUGUUAUAAACCUUGUCUUCAAACCCAAUACACUGAGGAGAGCGACUGGACACCAUUUGACCUCCUGUCUCGUUUGGUGAAAGAGUGGGAGGCCGCAGGGCAACUUCCUGAAAACAGCGCUAAGAAAACAAGACAAGUGAUCAUCAGACCAGGUGCAGUGUUAGGGCGUGACGGUGGCGCCAUGAAACAGAUGUUGAUUCCCUUCUGGCUUGGCCUGGGUGGGACGCUUGGCUCAGGACGACAGCCCUUCCCUUGGAUCCAUGUGUCAGACCUUGCUGGCAUCAUCGCCCAUGCCUUGGAGCCCAAAGAAGGACCACCAUCCACAGAGCCAGAUGUAUUUAAUGGAGUUUCCCCUUCAUUGAAUACCAAUUUUGAAUUCACUAAGGCAUUGGGCAGGACUCUAAAAAGACCUACUAUCUUCCCUGUGCCUGGCUUUUUCUUGGAUGUCUUCCUCGGUUCUGAGAGAGCUGUUAUCCUCACACAAGGCCAGAAAGUGGUGCCCAAGAAAACCCUUGAGUCUGGCUUUGAGUUUCAAUACCCAGAUCUUACUUCUGCUUUAAAAGAAAUUGUUGGAUAUUAGCAAUAAUUCAAAACAGAGAAGAGACCUGAGGAGAUUUUUUUAAGCAUACAAGUGCAGUAUAUUUCUUAUAAUAUAUACAUUUUAAAUUAAAAUUAAGCAUAUAAAAAAUAAAUCUUGCUUGUACUUGCUUGAUUUAAUGUACAUUCUCAGAAAGACACAUUGUUCUCAGCUCCUUUGUCUGUCCCCCUUAAGAAUUAUAUUUAUCUGUGCGUUCAAAAUGAGUACUUCAUUUGUAAAUAAAUGUUUAUAUGAAA